UAGCGUAUAGACGAGACGGUCCCAGACGGAGGGCGACUCGCGCGCGCGGGGGGCCGCUGCGCUCCCCUCUUCCCUCCCCCGCGGGAUUGAUUCGUUCCCGUCCGGCCCCGGCGGCGGCGCAGGCGCGCUGGGCCGGGCCGGGCCGUACCAUGGCGGCGGCCGGCGCGGGGGGAGCGGGCGAGACCAAGGUGAUCUACCACCUGGACGAGGAGGAGACCCCCUACCUGGUGAAGAUCCCGGUGCCCGCCGAGCGCAUCACGCUGGGCCACGUCAAGGCGGCGCUGAGCCGGCCCGGCGCCAAGUACUUCUUCAAGAGCAUGGACCAGGACUUCGGGGUGGUCAAAGAGGAGAUUUCGGACGACAAUGCGAAGCUGCCUUGUUUCAACGGGAGAGUCGUCUCCUGGCUGGUGUCUUCGGAGACCCCCCAACCCGAGCCGGUGCCGACUCCCGCAGAGACCCGACCGGAGCCCUCGCCCCCGCCGCCCCCCCUGCCCCCGCUGCCCGUGGAGAGGACCAGCGGCAUCGGGGACUCCCGGCCCCCCUCCUUCCACCCUAACAUCUCGGGCAGCCGGGAGAACCUGGAGCACGAGACGGAGACGGAGUCGGUCGUGUCGCUGCGGAGGGAGAGGCCGCGGCGCCGGGAGAGCACGGAGCAUGGUGGUGGGCACCGGCCAAACGGGCAGUCGCGGCUGGAACGACACCUGGCCGGGUACGAGAGCUCGUCCACCCUGCUGACCAGUGAGAUCGAGACCACGAGCCUGUGCGACUCAGAUGACGACGACACCAUGAGCAGGUUCAGCAGCUCCACGGAGCAGAGCAGCGCCUCCCGCCUCCUCAAGCGCCAUCGGAGGCGGCGGAAGCAGCGCCCCCCGCGCCUGGAGCGGACGUCUUCCUUCAGCAGCGUCACCGACUCUACCAUGUCGCUCAACAUCAUCACAGUCACGCUCAACAUGGGUAAGGGCGGGGGGGGGGAGCGAGCUGUGGGGGCAGGGCUGGCGGGGGGGGGGCAGGGGCCGGGGGGGGGGGGGAGAAGGCGUGGGAGGAAGGAGUCUGCUCAGUUUGUGUUGCUCUUUCCCCCACAGGUGAAUGACAUUAACUUUGAGAACAUGAGCAACGACGACGCCGUCCGAGUCCUGAGGGAGAUCGUCCACAAGCCGGGCCCAAUCGUGCUGACAGUGGCCAAGUGCUGGGACCCUUCCCCCCAGGGGUACUUCACGCUGCCCAGGAAUGAGCCCAUCCAGCCCAUCGACCCGGCUGCCUGGGUCUCCCACUCGGCCGCCCUCACCGGUGCCUUCGCCGCCUAUCCCGGGAGCAGCUCCAUGAGCACCAUCACCUCCGGCAGCUCCGUCGCCGAGACUGAGCGCUUCGACGAGUUCAACCUGUCGGUGCACACGGACAUGGCAUCUGUCACCAAGGCCAUGGCCUCGCCGGAGUCGGGGCUGGAGGUCCGCGACCGCAUGUGGCUGAAGAUCACCAUCCCCAAUGCCUUCCUGGGCUCGGACGUGGUGGACUGGCUCUAUCACCACGUGGAGGGCUUCCAGGACCGGCGCGAGGCCCGGAAAUACGCCAGCAGCCUGCUGAGAGCCGGCUUCAUCCGGCACACGGUGAACAAGAUCACCUUCUCCGAGCAGUGCUACUACGUCUUCGGGGACCUGCGCGGCUGCCAGAACUACAUGGCCAACCUCUCCCUCAACGACAACGACGGCUCGAGCGGGGCGUCGGACCAGGACACGCUGGCCCCGCUCCCGCUGCCUGGGGCCACGCCCUGGCCCCUGAUGCCCACCUUCUCCUACCAGUACCCAGCCCCGCACCCCUACAGCACCCAACCCCCACCCUACCAUGAGCUCUCCUCCUACAGCUACGGCAUGGGCAGCGCCGGCAGCCAGCACAGCGAGGGGAGCCGGAGCAGUGGCUCUAACCGGAGCGACGGGGGUGGUGGGGGCCGGGGCAAGGCCAAGGACGAGAAGGCGGGCCCCGACUCCAAGUCGGGCAGCGGCAGCGAAUCGGAGUACUCGACCCGCAGCAGCCUGCGGCGGGCGGAGCCAGGGGGCGUGGCCGGUGGGGGAGGCCCCGCCCUGGCGGUGGGCGGGGCCGAGGCAGCCGGGGCUCCCCAGCGCAGCCAUCACAGCUUGGUGAGCAGCAUGCGCUCCCACCACUCCUACGGGCCUCCCGGCAUGCCCCUGCCUUACAACCCCAUGAUGGUGAUGAUGAUGCCCCCCGGCCCCCCCAGCGCUGGCCCCGCCUCCGUGCAGCCUCCUGGCGCCCCCCCAGUCCGCGACCUGGCCUCCGUGCCCCCUGAGCUCACCGCCAGCCGCCAGUCCUUCCACAUGGCCAUGGGCAACCCCAGCGAGUUCUUCGUCGACGUCAUGUGACCGGCUGCCCGCUGGUGGUCAUGUGACGCCGCCCACAGCACCGUCUGACGCCACGGGACUGACUCCUGGCUGCGUGACUCGAUCCAUGGCUCCCUUGAUGUCACAUGACCUCCGCCCGUGGAGCCGUCUGAUGCCACGGGACCGACU